UUUUCGGAAGGGCUCCAUGGGAAGAAGGGCUGGCAGGAGGCCCCAGAAGGUUGGGCUGCAGAAGGUCGCGUGCGUGAAAUCCCGCUUCCGGUCGGAAGGAAGGGCGGAGCUUUGGGUCUCAGUGGACACCGGCUUCUCCUAGCAACCUGUUAGGCGUUGAGCAGAGCCGCUGGAGCAAUGGACGAAGAGAGCCUCCUAUUGUCUCUGGAGCUGGCGUCCGGUAGUGGGCAGGGCCUCAGCCCGGACCAUCGGGCCUCACUGCUCACUUCCCUUAUGCUGGUUAAACGCGACUACCGCUUCGAUCGGGUCCUUUUCUGGGGCCGCAUCCUAGGCCUCGUCGCCGAUUACUACAUCGCGCAGGGCCUGAGCGAGGACCAGCUCGCACCGCGCAAGACCCUGUACAGCCUGAACUGCAUGGAGUGGAGCCUCCUGCCCCCUGCCACGGAGGAGAUGGAGAUGCAGACGUCUGUGGUGAAGGGCCGCUUCAUGGGGGACCCCUCACAUGAGUACGAACACACCGAGCUGCAGAAGGUGAAUGAGGGCGAAAAGGUCUUUGAAGAAGAAGUAGUGGUCCAGAUCAAGGAAGAGACCCGCUUGGUGUCCAUCAUUGACCAGAUCGACAAGGCUGUGGCUGUCAUCCCCCGAGGUGCCCUCUUUAAGACCCCUUUUGGACCCAUCCGUGUCAACCGGACCUUUGAAGGACUGUCCUCGUCUGAAGCCAAGAAGCUCAGUUCCUACUUCCACUUCAGGGAGCCUGUUGAGCUGAAGAACAAGACCUUGCUUGAGAAGGCUGACCUGGACCCCUCCCUGGACUUCAUGGACUCCUUGGAGCAUGACAUCCCCAAAGGGUCCUGGAGCAUCCAGAUGGAGAGAGGCAACACCCUGGUGGUGCUGCGCAGCUUGCUCUGGCCAGGUCUCACCUUCUACCACGCUCCUCGCACCAAGAACUAUGGCUACAUCUACGUGGGCACUGGCGAGAAGAACAUCGACCUGCCGUUCAUGCUGUAGGAGGGCCGCCUGGGGAGUCUGGAGAGUCUCAACAGUAUUUUCAUAAAGUCCAGUGAAU